CUCUUUCUUCGAUUCUUCUCCCUUCGUUUCACUUUGUGGCUCCUUCAUUGUGGUAUAUUCAUAUUGUUUUUUUCUUUUCUGGUGGAUUCGAGAUUGAUACAUCACAUCUGUUGGAAACAUGGCGAGCUUCACGAGGAUCCCCGACGAUCAGACUCCGUCCAUCAUUGUACAUCCCGAUCACGAGAUUGCAAAGAUCAACGACAACAUCUAUGGCGGCUUCACAGAACACAUGGGCCGGUGCAUCUACGGUGGAAUCUACGACCCGGGAAACCCCCUCUCCGACGAAGACGGAUUCCGCAAGGAUGUCAUCGAAGCAAUGAAGGACCUCAACGUGCCAGUCGUGCGAUACCCAGGAGGAAACUUCGUAGCGACCUACCACUGGCUCGACGGCGUGGGUCCCAAAGAGAAGAGACCAAAGAGACCGGAACUCGCGUGGCUGGGCAUCGAGCCGAAUUCCUUCGGCACCGAUGAAUUCAUGAAAUGGUGCAAGGUCGUCGGCACCGAGCCAUACCUCUGCCUCAACUUUGGCACCGGCACUUUGGAUGAAGCCCUGGCCUGGCUUGAAUACUGCAACUCCACCCAGGACACAUACUACGCCAACCUCCGGCGCCAAAACGGCCACGAAGAGCCCUACAACGUAAAAUACUGGGCCCUGGGCAACGAAUGCUGGGGCCCAUGGCAAGUAGCCCAACAAACGCAACAAGACUACGCAAAGCAAGCCUACCAAUGGGCCAAAGCCCUCAAGCUCCUCGACCCAACCAUCACCCUGAUCCUGUGCGGCGAAACCGGCUACUCUUCCUGGGACCACUACGUGCUCAAGGAAUGCGUCAAAUGGGACGUCCACGGGCUGUCGGGCGACUCGACAAAAUCGCUCAUCGACAUGCACAGCAUCCACAUCUACACGGCGUCAGCGACGCACCUGGCCAACGCGACGGCGCCGCGGGCCGCGGAGCGCGCGAUCCAAAUGGCGAGCGCGCUCAUCGACCUGGCGCGCAUCGAGAACGGGGUCCCCGAGACGGUGCCGAAGCAGACUGUGUGCUUUGACGAGUGGAAUGUGUGGGAUCCGGUGCGGGCGCCGGGGGAGAAGGGCGCCGAGGAGUCGUACACGCUUUCGGACGCGUUGGCCGUCUCUGUGUUCUUGAACGGGUUUGUUCGCCAGGCCAAGGAUGUCGGGAUGGCGAAUAUCGCGCAGAGCGUGAAUGUGAUUAGUCCGCUCAUGACGAGUACUGAGGGCGUGUUGAAGCAGACUACGUGGUGGCCGUUGCUGCUGUUUAGCAAGUACAUGCGCGGACACAGCGUUGCGGUCAAUGUCCGCUGUCCAGAGUAUACUGGCGUCACGGAUCCCAAGUGGGUAAGGGCUACGAUUGAGACGCCGUUUUUGGAUGUUUGCGCGGCCAAGAUGGAGGAUGGGUGGGUUGGGCUGGCGGUGACGAAUGUGAGUGAGGAGAAGGACUUUGAGGUUAGGAUUGACGGGGUCAAGGAGGGGAAGGUGGAUGUGUAUGUUGUUGGUGGGGAGAAUGUCAGUGUGGUGAACAAAAAGGGCGAUGAGAAGGUUAGGAUUGAGGAGAGUAGUUGGGAUGGGAAGGGAUUGUUCAAGUUUGCGAAGCAUUCUUUUACGCUGCUGAGGUGGAAACAUUAACAUCGCCUGGGAGGAAAAGAAAUUGGGAAUACCCAUAGAUAAAUAGAUGACAUGGGCAACACUCCAUCCAUCAGCUAUAGAGACAUUAUAUCCAGAAUCCAUCCUCAGAGUAUCCCGACUCUCCACGAAGAAGCAACUGCGCUUCACCAACCCGCAACGCGCCAGUCAUCCAAUACCAGCAGCCAUAACUCACGCAGCAUCAUCAAAGCUAUCCCUCCUAGCUCUUAUCCAACAUCGACCCAGCACAUGUAGUCUCCAAACCCCGUAUCCAUCUAAAAAAACCCGCCAUUACCAUCCAAAUAAAAAAAAA